AUGGAUCAAAUUCGCAACCGUCUCGACCACUACCAACCUGAUGACAAAAUCAAAGCCUUUUGCAGGAAAUAUAUUUUUUUUGUGACCUUUUACACUUUUUUUGUUUUCAUCCUGCUCAUCUACAGCUACUUUUCAGCCAAGCUCUCUAUCUAUGGGUGGCUACUUUUCACAAACUUCUAUUUCUGCGUCUUCCCCAUCUUUUCCUUCAUCGGCAAAUCAUACAUCCCUUCCCUGCUGAGGUUCUACAAUUGGAUGCUUUUGGUGUCUAGCAUAAUUUCCGUUUAUAUUAUUAUCGAAGGCAUCUUCACGUACAGCGCGAAGGAAUUCUCACUGAUGUUUAUUUAUGGCGUCCUAACGUGGGUCAACACGGCGUUCUGUUGGAUGGCAACUCAGAGCAUUUUUGACGGAGUCAGGACACACCAUAGCCUCUUGGACAAUCUAAACCCAAAAUCGAAUGGUAAAAAGGGAAGCAACAGCAACAACAAAAAAUGGGGACUGAAGAAAAAGUUCUUUGGAAAAGGAAAAACCACGAAGGAUUCUCAUUACGUGGAGGUCUGA